UCAACGUCGACGUCGUCUGCUCAUGAAGCUACAAACAGUUACAUGGCAUCCAUCCAAUGAAGCUUCCGAGUCAUCUGCCAGCCUCGUCUCCAGGUCCUGUCAUGGGGCUUCCUUCUAAAUGAAAAUAAUCCAAUUUGAUGAACUAACUUGGAAUGACCUUCCAGUACGAUGCCUUUGUUCCAAGGUGUUGAAUGACGUCAGGAUCACCCUAACUUCAACCUGAACGACGUCAUGAACACCCUUCUCUACGUGAAGCACCACGUCCUCGAAUGAAGAAGACGAAACCAUGGAGCAACAUGCUCCCUUACAACAUCCGAAAUUGGAUAGCCGCAAAUCACAGGCCUCUUUGGACCAUCCAAAGCUGGACAGCCGCAAAUCGCAAGCGUCUCUGGACCUUCUCUUCGGCACUAUCCCUCAAGUCCAAGUUCUACCACAAGCGGAUCAUGUUGAGCUUGUUGGAGGUGCAGAACAAGGAGGGUUAUGAUGAAUUAUACUUCUUCUCUGUGACAACUCCUGUCUCUAGUAUUGAAAAAUGUGAACAAUGAAUUUCAAUUUCUCUCAGGAGGGUUAUGAUGAAUUUCAAUUUCUCUCAGGAGGGUUAUGAUGAAUUUCAAUUUCUCUCAGGAGGGUUAUGAUGAAUUAUACUUCUUCUCUGUGACUGUGUCUAUUUCUAGUCAUCCUUCUGCUUAAUAUUUUUGACACACACAACAUCAAUAGAAGUGCUGCUGCUGGGAGGUGGCAAUACAAUUGUGUGAUGCGCUGUCAUUUAACGUGAACGAAGCUCUCGCAGGAGGAAAAGAUCCAGGGACAUAUCGACAUAUAUUUGUUGUAAGUAUUUGAUAUUAAAAGUCGUGGUCAAAUUGAUACAAUACUUCUUAUACCAACGCGGCCACGAACAUAACAAGCUUGAUGUAGAAGUUCUAAUCCCCUCCCCUCUCCGCGGUAGCAGCCAUGCCGAUGCUGCGCAGCAGGCGGAAGGGAAACGGUCGUCGGUCGCAUCGAAUAUGUCCCAUACCCAUGUCGCUGCUCAUGCACACAGUCCAGCGCGCAAAUUCUUGCCAGAAAAUCCAGCCCACGCGCUUGUCCGGAGACAAAGUGCCAUGUCCCUGGGGACAGGCUUGCCGGAAAAAGGCACGAAUUCGCUUGAGGUAAAACUUGAGAACUACUUCUAAGUAUUCGAAGUUGUAGUAUAAUCUACAGUUAAGCCGUAGUGCUGGUUAUGAUUAUGUGUGUACAUCAUUGUCAUCGCUCUCACGUGCAGAUGGACCUGCUCCUACAACUAAGACUAAUAUUAUACUUACUUGAAGUUCCUUAUUCGCUAUAGUGUAGAACAGCCUCCAUCACAACUGAAAAUAGUGCGAGCAUUGCUAGGGUGGGUUGGGGAGGCUUUCGGUCCAAGGUGAGUCCACAGCCUUGCGCCUGACGUCCAUCUCUCAUGGGCGAACGUUGGUUGCUGCUCGCGCUUGGCGUCAGUAGUACUUCAACUUCGGCGGCGGCCCAGUUCGCCUGGGUCUUGGAAUGGGGAGGACUUACGUGCAAAUGGGCCUGCUCCUACAACUAAGACUAAUAGUUGUAAUACCGUAGAGUAAGGUAAAAAUUACGGGUUUCGGGUUACUCGAGUUUCCACGAGUUGCUCGAGUUGCUGGGGUGAAGGGUUUCCAACUCUGGAACGAGUUGCAAUUACCUCCGCGCCCGCCUCCGAAUCCUCGCCCACUUCGUCGAGCUUCUACUUCGCAAUGACCUACCACUACCACGUCCACUUCGUCGAACUUCUACUUCACAAUGACCUACCACUACCUCCAACAACUUCUUUCGUCAGCUCUCACGAGAAGGGCAGCCAACGUAUCGCCGUGGACAGAGUUUGAUGCAGCCACCAUCCAACUUAGCUAUGGUCGUCGAAUCACCGCAGAGGAAAAGCUUCAUAAAGUCAGUCACUUAAGGCUUCUCCUAUUCCUCCAUCUUCAACAUGAUCAAUCUGAAGCAUCUAUGUCUAUCUUGGAGCCAGCUGUGUCACAACCAUUGAACAAGAGAAAGACGGCUCCAAGAAGGUUCGGACCCCAAGAUGAGUUGGAUGUCGUGAGCUCUAAGAUACAGCUUUGUUCACCAGUAACGAAAGGCGAUCGCAGGAUGAUCUUGGUGCGGUCGUGAUGAACGCAGCGUCAACAAAUGCUCCAGCUGUCGCAGGAGGAGGUGGUGUAGAUCGUUAUGCAUAAGAUUCAUGAACGAGAACAGAUACAGAUACGGAAACCAUUAAAUUGAAGUUCCUCUUUUCGACCCGUUUCUUUUUGCAUGCAGCCUACAAACUCGUGACUGAAUAUUUCGAUGGAGGCAUUUUCUAAAUUCAGACUUUCACAUGAAUUGCAAGAAUUUUUUCAUUUCAGGAAGAAAGUUGAAGUUCCAUGUUCAGAUUCGCUCUCAUACUCCCAGUUACCCUGUAGCUGGUGGGACCGCAGCAUCUGGGAAUGGAGGAAAUAGUGGAACAGAGGGUUCAGAAGGGCCUCUCGGUGAGCAGAGCAGCGCACUAUCAGGAGCUGACGAUAGAGAUUCACAGCUUGCUUCUGCUGUACUAUUGAUACAACUUCUUCUCCGAUGAGUAGUUGUCGUGUAGUCUAGUAUUGGAUCCAGAUCAUUAUCAACGCUGGUAUUGGAUCCAAUCAGAACCGAUAUUGGAUCCAGAUCAUAUCAAGACUAUAUACUAGACUUGGAUCCAGAUCAUAUACUAGAUUAUCACUUGGAUCCAGAUCAUAUACUAGAUGUAUAUGAUCACUACUUGGAUCCAGAUCAUAUACUAUAUGAUCACUAGUAUUGGAUCCAAGACUAUACAUCACUAGUAUUGGAUCCAAUUAAUAUAGAUCUAGUGUUGAUAAUGAUCUGGAUCAUUAUCAACACUAGACCACAACGUGGCCAGAGAGCGCUGGCGGGUCUAGAAUUCACGGCGCAGAGAGCGCCGAACGAGAUCCAGCUGGCUAACCUACGGCGACCGCAUGGCCAUGCUGGCCCUGCAUCACUCAGCUGGGUGCGCAUGGCCAAGGUGGCCACUUGGCUAAGCAAGCGUGCCGCCGGGUUCUUUAAGGGACAAAGCUGGGCGAAAGUUGAUAAUGAUCUGGAUUGGAUCCACAUCAUUGUCAACAUGCAGCUUCUUGAAAAUUUCAAAAAUACAGGUAUCUAUCGUGGGGCCGUUAGCUGCACCGAGCUUGACAAGCAGUUUCGCAGGUGGUCUUUCUCCGCCAGGCAGACCGACACUUUUGAAACGGUACUGCCGCUAGAACUACGAUGACAGGUCAUGCUCAUGGUCAGCAUACGGAGUUUGAUUUAGAUCGCCAUCCUUGUAUGCACACGUCUAUCAUAAUUGCUUUACACUAGUGUACGUACCUCCCCAUUCUCGCAGAGUUGGUUCUACUUCAUCCAGAUAGAAGUUCUGACUCCUCAGGUCGUCAACCCAGUUUUCGCAGAGUUCUGCUUGGGGUGGAGAAGUCGGCCCUCUGCUCAACGACGUAGCGAAUAAGAGGAAAUCCUUUCUCGGUGGACCGCCUGGCGGCUUAGUCGUGCCUGGAGACGUGGAACAUCUACAUUAAGGCUACAACAAUUAUUGUAAUUGUUGUCAAUAAAGAAAUAAAUGCAUCUUCCAUUUUUACAGAGAAUUAACGCACACUUAAUGUCAAUAUAUUUAUAUGCUAGUUCUACAUUAUGAAGCGAAAAAGUGCACUCACACUCAAGAAAUUGGCUAGGAUUUAAGCAGGAAAAUAGCCACUUUUUCUGAGUGUGAGAGCACUUUUUUCUUUCAUAUACAUCUACUUCUAAGUACAGAGAAUCGGCAGCCAUAUGCAUUUGGGCGAAAAAGAAGCUGAUACGAUAGCACGAGCGAUGACCAACUACUUCGAUAAUGAGGAAGACGAUGCUUCCUUUGACUGGCAUAGUUGGCUGUGGACGCAGAAAGUUUUUUUAUGGUACUCUCUGCUUCUAAUUCUAAAGGAUAACGAUGAUUUUUGAGGAUUGGUUGCAUUUUGGUGCGUGUGCUGUGGGAGGAUACACUUCUUGAUGUUGAGAGAGAAACUAGAAAGAGAUUGAAGUAAGAAAGAUCCUGUCUUCCACCUUCGAUAAUAUCAGGUUAUUUCUCGAAGAGCCUUUCCUGUCUCGUCGCACGACAAUUUAUUCGACCUUUAUCCUCGGUUGUAUCAUGACCGCACUCUGUUUGUCCAUAGAGACUUUGCGCUACACCUACGUCCCAGAGGCGGAUGAGUACAUCUUCCGCGAAGUCGACGUCGCAAAGGGACUAGCCGAUGGGGAUCCUGCUACUAUCCUGAAAGUCACAACGGUGAGUAUCAUCUCCCUCGAAACCUUAGUCCGGUUUCUAGUUGUCCCAGUGAAAACGGUCUAUUUGCUCCAACCCUAUGGGAUUUGCGACGUCGUAGCGAUCUUACCGUUUUGGAUGAACGACGUACUGGAACUGUCUUCAAAAGCACGGUUUUUCCACAUCUUCUCCCUCUUUGGGUCUUUAUUUUGGCUGUUGAAACUGUGUCGAUACUUCAGCGGAUGGCACUUACUGCACAAAUCCCUGUCCGAUUCGAUGCGAGCACUGCAGAUUCCAGCUUUCUUCCUGCUGAUCAUAGUGUUCAUCGGCUCAUGCUCGAUCUUCUGGUCGGAACAGAGUGUGCCCAACGACUGCCCGAACGACCUAUCAUUUUAAGGGGUACUGUAAUUCAUCUUAAGAAGCAUCUUUAAGCAUCUUUCUUUUGCCCCUUGCUUUGUUUCUUCAGGGCGAAGGAAACACGCCUCAAAGUAAGAUGCUACGUACUCAAGAUGAAUCCUAGGCAAGGCCUAAUCCUUGGAGCAUUUAAUAGAUUCGUCGUCACUGGAGUGCGGAAGAAAAGUGAACACGUUGACGGAUGCGAUGAUGUUCUGUACCAUAUAUUUUUGAGUUUGUAGGUUUUGAAGAUUAUGUUUUUGCUUAGUUCGUGAAUUAUGAUUCAUUGAAGUGCGAAGAUUAAGUUGUACUUGUUGUAGAAGAUUCUCCGUAUAAAUUUUUAGUGUGGAAGAUGCUACACAAAAUCAAAACGGACGAAAAGUGGGCAUAAUCAGCCACCGCUCAAACAUGCUUUUUCCUCAUUUCCUCCUCACGCACCAGCACUCCUCACUCUCAGGCAUUGUCUGCGUGAUCAGUAUCGACGUCAGUCCUGCAUUCGGCAUUGAGGUGAAAUCAGAGGUUGGGAGGCUAAUAGCAAUCACGAUGAUGGUUGCGGGUGUCAUCUUCAUGGCGAUGCCCAUCGCGAUUGUCGGCACUUCCUUCAGCGAGAUCUGGUUCAAUCGGGACCAGUACGUCUUGUUAAGGCUUCCAGUCAAUCACCAUCCUGGUGAACAAAAUUGCUCCUGAACAACAGUGCUGAGUGAAAGAAUGCUGGAUUGCUUGCUUGCAAGACGAAACUAAGGAAGAUAGUCAGUUGGCUAGCUGCACUCGUCCACCAUGGAUAGUUAUUGACUGGCGUUAAUCUUGAUACAGAAGGUCCGGAACCGCAUGACACAGCAGGGCUAUACAAAAGCGGACUUGAGAGAGGUGUUUGACGAGGUGGAUGAAGACUGCAGUGGAGAAAUCGAAUUUGGAGAAUUUAGGACGAUGUAUCUAGACUUCUUUUCAUGCUACUAGCCGUGUCUACGCUCACUUGUACUUCUACACUCACUUCUACAUGGAACUAGCCGUGUCUACGCUCACUUCUUGUACUUCUACAUUAUUUACCUCCACGUACAUGUUCCACUUUCUUAAUACCACAAGAACCAUCAUUACUAUUACUUGGCAAUUCCAUAAGCUUACUUUUGCAACAAGAGUGCUAUAAUUUCGAAUUUUCCCUCUACAACGAUCACCAUCAGCACCACCACCACCUCAAAAAAAACAGGUUGGAAGCUUUCCACUUCACCUCUCUGAAGACCGCGCACAAGGUCUUCAACUACUUCGACACUACCGGAACGGGUUCUAUUACGUUUCAAGAGUUCUGUUGUGGCAUUUUCCCAGACAUCGCGGAGCACGAAUUGGAGCAAUUGAUGUCUCUGGCGGAUGAAAAGGAUAGUUAAGGGCCGUUGCAAGUUGACCUCCCUGAGAGCAUAUCCUUCGUGACCUCUUAAAGGGACGAGAAGAAAAUGCUAGAAGAUAAUCAUAGAGGUAGGUGUAGGUUGUAGGAUGUUGUAGGGCAACUUGAAACCCCCUAAGAUAGAGACCUAGCAAUGAUGCCUUGGGGGCAGGGGAACAUGCUUUACGGCGAAGGCUCCUGGGAUGAAGACCCCUCGAGCUCAGACAACAGCGCAUCAAAUUCAUCAUCGAGCAGCUCGGCCGGGGACAACAAUUCCAAGUUAAGCUCAGGAGUCAUAGUGCCAGUGAUCAUUCAUCUUACUUGCAGGAGGAGAGGAUAACUCAUUCUCGUCAGGCUUCAUCCUAGGAUCAGGAGAAAAUGAACCCAAUAGAUAUGGACAAGAGGAAGUGAAGUAUAAUUUGGACCUCAUCUUCUAGUUCUACAACAAACUUGUUUUUUUUCGAAAUUUUUCCGAAGAAGAAGAGGUUGCAGCCUUCGCGGGUGGCGGCGUUCAAUUUUACAUACCAGGGUCGACUACUUGCGCGACAACUGUAGUCAGUAGUACAGCUACAAAUAUCAUGAAUACGCGGCCAAACCACUUGCAGAAGCAGAUGAGCCAAGGAAACCUGAUGGAUCUACGCAGCGGAGGUGGGCGUACUGGAAUAGAGAACUCGCAGCAGAUAUUAAGGCUCGAGUACUACAACUACCACUAUCUAACAGCCGCUAAGAAAUGAAAUUCCUUAGAGAUUUUUGACGUUGUGCUUUGGUUCUUUCAUGUCUUUCUCUAACCUCUGGCGAUCAGCGGAUAAGCCGCAGUGGUUCUCAAGCAGGAGCAGGUCCAAAUGCUCCUAGCAACUUGGGUAGUGUCGAUUUCCACAAGUUGUUGGCACAGCAAUACGUAGAACAAUCGGCGCAGAUGAUGCAGAAUGGUGCGCCGUCUGCGUCUCAGAUGCUGAUGGACCAUGCUAGCCGAUUAACGCAAAUCAACGCUUCAGGUGAGACAAUGACGCCUGUUUUUUCAACGGCUCUUGCGCCGACACUUCUUUAUUCGGCAGAGGAAAGAAACGGUGGAGCUGCUGGACAGACGCCGACCAAGGAACUACCAGGCCUAGCCGAAGGCGAUCCACCUUGGAACAGAAACAAGUCUACCUCUGGCGAAAACAAAUCAGAGGAAAUAGACAAGGAAAGUUCGUUAGAUACGCCCGAUAGUAUGGCAAAUAACUGCUCUCCUGGUGGUGUGUUGCUGUCUUCACCCGCCAAUACUAGAGCAGGUGACACAGCAGCAGAUCCUAGUAGUACUAUGGAACGCAUCGUACGUGGUGGGUCCGGAAACGCAGCUGAUGACGGCCUCCAAGGCAGUGGAGAAGAAGGCCAACAAGAUGAUGGAGGUGGAGACCCAGCUUCUAGUAAUAGUGCACGCCCUAGCUCCUCAGAGUCUGCGGCGAUGUCUUUGGUUGACAAGCAAGUGUCUGAUGGAGAGCUUCCGGGUGAGCGCGAAGAACAGGAGAAGCCAGAAAUAGUUGUAAAUUAAGGCUUCCCUUAACCCAUCUUCAGAAGCAUCUCGUCAAACCUGUCGCGCCCGUAACUAAGGGAAAAACAGAUGAGAUCCGAGAUGGGCCCCAAGAUGGAUUGGGGUGAUCUCUAAGCAAAACAACACUCUACGAUGAGCAAUGAACCGCAAAUCCCAUUGUCAAAUUACUCCAACUUCAGGGGGUCCACAGGUUACAUCGGCGGGGGGCCACUCAGAGAAAGCAAACAGCCACCACAUCAGCAGCAACAAUUAGCAAAUCAACCUUCUGCUACAUCUAGCAAGCAACCACCACAUCAGCAGCAACAAUUAGCAGACCCUACUUUGAAAGGAGGGCGAAAUAGUGCUGGUGCCACUGUACAGGGUAGCAGUAGUGGCACUUCUGAUGCAGGUCCCUUUCGCGGUGGCCGGAAUAGUGCCGGUGCACCACAGACCAGUGGAAGCGGAGGGGCGUUGGGUCUACACGCAGUCCGGUCUGACGGUACUGGUAUCGGAGACAAUGAAGGUCGCUCGGCAUCGUCUCCGCGUAGAGGCAAAACUUGGGCACGAGUGAUGGGCCGUGCACGGGACAAAAUCAUGACCCUGGGUCGGGCGAAUAGCGUUCAUCCAAAUCAUAGCUCUGGAGGUGCUGCACCUUUUAUGGUUACAGUAUUAAAUACGCAAUCUCAUUUUCAUAGCGAAGAUCCGCAUCAUACCAGCACUGCAGGUGCAGAACCAGAUUCCAAGUACUGUUGAAGCUGGGCUGAGAAGAUCCUCCCUCAGAAAGAUGAAGAACAUGACGAUGCAUUUCCAUUUCCUACUAGAGACUCUUUUUCUCUAAAUUCCCAAGCGGUGCCCCCGCCGGACCAUCUAUUGGCGUGGUAGUUACUCCGAGCGGCAAUUUCAACAAAGUGGAUGGCCCUUCCAAUAGUCCUUCGUAUUUGCACAACAAAAUGAUGAUGGAGCAAGCACGUGCGGCGAUGGACGCUGCCGGUGCACAGCAGGCAAACGCAAUUUUCCGAGAAAGCUUAGCCAGUCAUGCGAGCCAUGCGGUGGGAGGCCAGGCUAUGGUGACGCAUCCUGCACCGACUCCCGGUGCCAGUGUCAGCGUUAUGAGUGCACACGGAGGAAUCAUGGCAGGUCAUGGGGGAGGUCCUCAUGCCGCGCAACAUGGCGGGUUAAUGCACUACAACGCAACAAGAGGAGGAGGACAACACGGAGCUCCAGGUCAGCCUGGCGCAGCGCCUUUACCUCCGGGACAACAACAUCCACCACCCGGCGGUGUAGGGCAUCCACCUGGAGGACAUCACCUGGGAGGACCACAACAUCAUCAAAUCGGUGGCCGUUCUAGUGGCGGCGGCGGUUUUCCGGGUACUAGAGGCCAGAUGGCUGUAGAGCCUCAGUUGAGUGCUGGCGCAGGCAGCACGAUGUAUCAUCCGCCAAGACAGGACCGACAUUCUCGUUAAGGCAAUGCAGGGUUCAUCCUCAAUAGAAUCUUUGGCUUCAUCCUUUUGUUCAAGUAGGAUAAGAGGCCAAGGAUGCUACCAGGGAUGCAACAACGAUCGCCCUAAUUGGGAGGUCUCUACGCCGCCGCAGCGCGAGAGCAAGGCCGAGGGCCGCCUGGAGGUCAUCACUUCCUAGGCGCACAGAUGGCUAAAACUCAGAACAAUGAUAUGGUGCAGAAAUUGGCGGCUAGGAUCACGGCUUUAGAGGUCAAGAUGGAAGAAAGCCAAAGAAGACUCCAGUUUAUGCUGACAUGUAUCUGUGACAAUUUUAGCAUAGAGAUCGAUUGGACACAGAUGCCAACAGCUAGGGAGAACAAAAAGCUUCUUGCAGCGAAUCCCAAACGUACCUCGGAGAAGAGAGCGAGUGGGAGAGCAGUAAUUUAUAUUACAGUUUUUUUGUCGUAAAGGUUGCCUCGAAGAUGGAUCUUCAUCUUGAAAUGAAUUCAUCAUCAACAAGAAUCUAUUAACAACAACUGACAUAGGACGGCGUCGGCGGUGACGAUUCCGAAAAUCGGGACGUUCUGAGAACGAGUACAACUAGAAACAUGGUUAUCCGCGAAAGCAGUACAGGAACGACAAACGCAGCGCAAGUAAGCGGUAGCAAAAUGCUUCAUCAAUCGAUUGGUGCAAGCCAUGGUAUCCAGAGUUCCGACCGCUUGUCCAGCUACAGAGGUUUCUCCUCAACUGCAGCUCGCAUGCGUGGAGCCGGUGGUCGCCGGUUGAGUCAUGCUUCAAUUCUCACAGGAAUGAAAACCAAGCCCAGACGAGGAUCAAACCAAGAAUUGAGCCUAGUGGUACCGAGUUCUCCGAAACAGAACGCAGGGAUUACGUCGCAGCUAUCAUCGGGUGGAGCAGCAGCGGCGUCCCCUAGUACAGACGGGGAAACGAAUACGACUAAUCGCAAUCUGAACAAUUUUUUAAGGAUCACGCUAUUUGAAUUCAAUUUUCCUUUCCACAGAAUAGUUUUCUUUGUUUUCGCAUGGGGAUUCGGAAAAAAAUUACCCAUCAAGAAAGGAAAUAUUUAGAGCUCUAAACCUAAUUUCCUCGCCAGGAGCCGGUGGGUCAAAUAGUGCGGGUUCGCCUGGAGGUCUAGGAACCUUGGAGGAAGCAUCCAUAGGCCUCGGAGGCAGUCGAGCGAUUGGUAGUAGUAGCAGUAGCAGAAAUCUCUUUGGGGCUGUUGCAUCGUCUUCUUUGGGAACGUUUCUGCGCGGGAGCAAGAACACUUCAAGGUCACCCUGAAGAUGAGGAUUUUAGGAUAGAAAAAUUCGAGAUUGCGCUUAAGAUUCACUUGCUGUGUUACGAUUGAAUGUUACAACCUUACGAAAAAGAAACUAAAUCGAUGACAAUGAAGAACAGGACGCAGGAGUAUGAAUGUGAUGAAUGUAGGAACAGGACGCAAAAUAUGAAUUUGAAUGGUAUUUGAUUGACUUUAUCAAACUACAAUUUAGAUUGAAUUUUUUCAGAUUCAUUAAUACAGCUUGCUAUUCUUUCUCGUCAGUGAUGAAGAGCGUCAACGUAUAUUAGAAUAAAAUUUGAGAAAAGCAAAAGGACUAGUAGUCACAAAGUUAUCGUGCGGGCUUACGCUUCUGCUUCAAAGUUUGCUUGUUUUUUACGCGCUGACAUCGACACUACGAUGAUAGAGUUAUGAGUUCUGCAUCAACGUAAAUACCAGUACCUACUCAAGGAAAACGAUUUUUAGUAGAACAUGGGUCUAGUCAGACCCCAGGAGAUGAAAUGAAGAACUUCAGAAAAUUGAUGAGUUUCUCCUCAUAAUUUUUUUUGAAAAAAACUGCACCUAAUUGAUGUUGAGUUUAUUACAUAUAGCGACCAUGAUGAUUUACAGUUUUCGCGUGAGUACCGGAAUUCCAGGCCUUUGCUUAUUCUAGUUGGUGCUGCAGUGUCCCACGCUUUCGUCCUUUCCAUCUCUACACUACUGCUUCGACUUCGUGAAUAUGUGAUAUUAUUUUUACCCCUACAGAAAUCUUGUCAAACAGUGCUUAUCCUCUGAUGCAAAAAUCGAAGCGUAGUCUACGCAGCCGUCAU